UUCCAACUCAACAUUUUGGUAAUCAAGUUUUUAUUGGGCCCUUGGAAAGGCCUAAUUAUUUUGAAGUCAGCCCUUUUAAGUACAAAACGCAGCGUUUUCUACCCCUUGCUCUCCAAGGACCGUAUUCUUCUCGAACCGACUAUAUAUACAUUCAUCGAGACUUUUAUUGAUUUGUCUAGCAGAGAACUCUCUAGAAAAAGAAGAAGAAGAAGAAGCAGAAAGAAAGUUAUUUUCUUUGCAGGAACAGAUGGAGACAGCACCAAAAGAUCAAACACAAAACCCUCCUCAGAAACCAGCCAUGGCUUCAUGUAGGAGAAAGGUAAAGGAAGAUGCCACUUUCUUUGAGGACGUCAAGGAUCACAUCGAUGAGUUCAUUCAUGCCUCCAUGGAUGAACACAAGACCUGUUUCCAGAAGACCAUCAGCAAGAUGUUUGGAUUAUCCAAGGCUGUGGCUGAGAAGCAGGCUGAGGAAGCCAAGGGAGUCGAGAGUCAGUUGCCUCUUCAAACAACUGUUUCGGAUUAAAGAAUUUGGUUCCUUCUCAUCCCAGUGCGCUUUGAAGAUUCCACAUGUCCUUUUCCUCUUGUUUAUCAACGUCUUUCUUUUUUUUUGUAAAUCAACGUCUUGAGACCUUUCUAUCUGACGGUGAAUAAUCUUUUGAGUUCGUGCUAA